GCAGGCCGAGCUCCUCCCCCGGCUCGGCCUCUGUCCCCUCCCCUGCCCUCUCUCCUCCUCCUCCUUCCUCCUCUUCCUCAGUGAGGCGCUCCUCCAGCAGCCAGGCAGCAUGGCGGCUGUGGAGACGCGGGUGUGCGAGACGGACGGCUGCAGCAGCGAGGCCAAGCUCCAAUGUCCCACCUGCAUCAAGCUGGGCAUCCAAGGCUCGUACUUCUGCUCCCAGGAAUGUUUUAAAGGAAGUUGGGCAACUCACAAGUUACUGCAUAAGAAAGCAAAAGAUGAAAAGGCCAAGCGAGAAGUGUCUUCCUGGACUCUAGAAGGUGAUAUUAACACUGAUCCGUGGGCAGGCUAUCGAUAUACUGGUAAACUCAGACCACAUUAUCCACUGAUGCCAACAAGGCCAGUGCCAAGUUAUAUUCAAAGACCAGAUUAUGCUGAUCACCCGUUAGGAAUGUCUGAAUCUGAACAGGCUCUUAAAGGUACUUCUCAAAUUAAAUUACUCUCAUCUGAAGACAUAGAAGGGAUGCGACUUGUAUGUAGGCUUGCUAGGGAAGUAUUGGACAUUGCUGCUGGCAUGAUUAAACCUGGUGUAACUACUGAAGAAAUAGAUCAUGCUGUACACUUAGCAUGUAUUGCAAGAAAUUGUUAUCCCUCUCCCCUGAAUUAUUAUAAUUUCCCAAAGUCUUGUUGUACUUCAGUGAAUGAAGUGAUAUGCCACGGGAUUCCAGACAGACGGCCCUUGCAAGAAGGUGAUAUUGUUAACGUGGACAUCACUCUUUAUCGCAAUGGCUACCACGGGGACUUGAAUGAGACGUUUUUUGUCGGAGAUGUGGACGAGGGAGCACGGAAACUGGUUCAGACCACGUAUGAGUGCCUGAUGCAAGCCAUUGACGCAGUGAAACCUGGUGUUCGAUACAGAGAAUUGGGAAACAUUAUUCAGAAGCAUGCCCAAGCAAAUGGGUUUUCAGUUGUUCGAAGCUAUUGUGGCCAUGGAAUCCACAAGCUUUUUCAUACAGCCCCUAAUGUACCCCAUUAUGCCAAAAAUAAAGCAGUUGGAGUGAUGAAGGCUGGCCAUGUAUUUACAAUUGAGCCAAUGAUUUGUGAAGGUGGAUGGCAGGAUGAAACCUGGCCAGACGGUUGGACCGCCGUGACGAGAGACGGAAAGCGGUCUGCUCAGUUUGAGCACACCCUGCUGGUCACGGACACUGGCUGUGAAAUCCUGACCCGGCGACUUGAUAGCACGCGGCCUCACUUCAUGUCCCAAUUUUAAUUUCUCCCAAGAUGGCACAUCUCAGUAAUACCUUCUGGCUGUACCAUGCAUUUUAUUGAGAGUACAGAAUGGAAGAGGAGAUUUUUAUUACGUGUUUUGUUUUGACUAUAGAUAAGGAAGACUACAGCAUUGGAUGUGUGUCCUCAAGAACUUGACUUGGGUCUGAAAAAGCUGAGAAGAAUAAAAGAAACAUUCUCAACUCUUUUCAGUAUUCCCCUCUCCCUCCAGAAAUCUCUGCACCCCUGUUUUCUCACUUGGCCUUUGAGCACUUUUUACGUAAACCUGCUUCUAGUUGCUUUUAUCACUGCCACAACUGGGCCAGCAAGAGCCAGCUGCUCUUCAGGUGAAUGUGGAAGAUGAGAAUCCUUGAAACUUUAGCAACAUAUGUUGUUCCAGAUUUUUUUUAUUAUAUAUGUAUGGAAAUAUAUAUGUAUACAUUUUAAAUUCCAUGUAUGUAAUUCCUGAACACUAUAUGACCUGGGUUUGUGUUAAUUCUGCCCUGACAGUGCUAUAUGCUAUCAUAAAUGGACCCAUUGUUUGCAGUGAUUUAUUUCCCAGUUGGGAAUUUGGCCUCCCUCCUUCCCCAUGCUACUUAUUUACCCUUGUAAUUGUGUGUAAGGAAGCACUCGGUCAGUGAGACUUCCUCUCCAGUGUGGACUCUGUCAGUGAAUGGUUGUGGCAAAAUUCACUUUGGAAAAGGGUUGUCACAUUUUAGAAACAUCUAGUUUCUGGCAAAAAUAGCCAUGCUUCAUAUGAUAGCUGGCUGUUUCAGAGCAUGAGCGUUUUGUGAUACAUUGCUCUUUCAGACCUCUUUCUGGUCGAAAUGGGAGGGAAAAAGCUCCCUUUCUUCCCCUCUAUUUUAUUUCAGGGCAAACCUUGGAGAUAUUCAGAGAAGGGUGAACGGUUGCACUGUGGAGGUUGAUGGGAAGAGACAGUUCUGAAAUCUCUUUGGCAGUGAGCAGAGUAAGUCAGGUGGGCUGUUAGCUUCUGACAUUUAGUAAACCUGGUAGUGAUGAGAAAGGAACUUCUUUGAAGAUUGUACUGUUCCCUUGCAGUAGAGAUGCAGCUGUCCGUGGUGUGUUGAAAACACACUUUACCUUGACAUGGUUGGGAACCUCAUUAGAAAUGACCCCAGCUGCCCAAUAAAUUUGUUCCUUUCAGUAGUUCAGUCCAAAUGGAAGUGUAUCCAGGGAACACGUAUCAGAUCAAAGUCGUUGUCAUUGGAGUGUACUUGAUUACUGGGUAUCUGGUAACUUUCUUGUAAGAUAAUUUGAUACCACUGACAUGUUAUAUGAGAACAUCUUUCCCAGAGUGCCUCAGACCUUUAUUGCUUUAAAAGAAUUAUGAUAAUGUUUUCAUUACUUUUAUUAUUUUAAUGAUUUAGUGAAGUGACUGAAUCACAAAAGUAUAGACUUUUGGGGGUAUGUGUGUGAAAUUUUUUAUCAAACUGUAAUAUUUGUGAAUGGAAUGCCUUGCAAUAUGAAUGUUAAUAUAAUGUGUAAAGGGAGAUUAAAAGUUUGAACGAUUAUCCCCUCCCCCCCCCCCCCCCCCCCCACCGUGUAGUUAUUAACUUUGCUGCAUUUGUUUGGGGUUUCAGAGGGAAGUGGCGGGAGUAGGGUGGCUGAUUUCAUAAUCUGAAAUAAACUCAUGACCAUUUGAGUGAA